CAGAGCACCAUAGCCCACCACUUCAAACCUAGAGACAUCAACCCUAUCAGAAUUUGACACGAAAAAAUAAGAGAGAGAGAGGUCUCUCUAGAGAGAGAGAGAGAGAUUGACAAGUCUAUCUCAAGAAUUCUGUGCCCCCAAGAACCACCUUGGGUUCAGUACGCCACGAUCUACAUGCAUAUAUGCAUGGAUCAAGGGAGCCAAUUGGGGAUGGCUUACUGUCUUCCUAACCUCAGUGUGCCAGAUCACUACUAUACCACCCCUGUUCCUCUUUCUCCACUUCAACUACCCUUCCAUCCCAAGCCUCUCCAGAUGCCAUUCGACCAGGAAGAAGCCUUGAUGCUCUCUUCUGACCAUUGCGGGCUAUACCCGCUGCCGGCGCUUCCGUUCGGCGGCGGCCACUCCGCCGCCGCGCCUGCCACCGUCUGCGAGAAGCCCACGGUCGGUUUCAUGCCUAAUAUUGAGGCUGAGGAGGUGGGCACGUCGGUGACCGCAAGAGUUGGCUAUGAGGGUGUCACUGCCUGUAAUGGUUAUUCUAGUAAUACAUGGUGGAGGGGCUCGACGAUGUUGGCGGGGGAGAAGGGGAAGAUGAAGGUGAGGAGGAAGAUGAGGGAGCCGAGGUUUUGCUUCCAGACCAGAAGCGACGUGGAUGUGCUGGACGAUGGCUACAAGUGGAGGAAAUACGGGCAGAAGGUUGUCAAGAACAGUCUCCAUCCCAGGAGCUACUUCAGGUGCACGCACAGCAACUGCCGCGUGAAGAAGCGCGUGGAGCGGCUGUCGACGGACUGCCGCAUGGUGAUCACCACGUACGAGGGCCGCCACACGCACCCCCCCUGCGACGACAACUCCUCCUCCUCCGGCGACAACACCACCACCUGCUUCUGAUCACCUGCCCCGAUCCGUCCGUCGUAGCCAUGCAAGUGCUCGAUCGAGCGAGCGAGAGCAAAGGGCAUCCACCGACCCACGUUUGAUCCAUCGAUCGGCUCCUUAUAUUUUGAAGGGUGAACGAUGAGACGGCUCCUUAUACUUGUACGAUCGAUGUACUGCAGAUAUAUAUUCACGCGAUCUAUCCACGUACCAGUACUGCAUGUGCAUGCAUGCAUGCAUUUCUUUCCCGUAGGCAAUAGAGAUAGUAGUGCACUUUCUAUGUACGAGUAUCUGUGCAUGUGAUGGACUAGCUACACGAGCCUCUUCAAC